CGGGGCUACCGCUAACCAGCGCCCAGCGGAGUCCGGCCCGCAGCGCUCUCUCCCCGGUAUGCUGCCCGCUGACAGCGCCAUGACCUCCAUCGUGCAAAGAAUAGCCCGCCAGGCCCUCGUCACCUUCAGGAGCCCUCCCCGGGUCGGCGAGGACUCCAGCAGGUCAUUCCUGGAGAACCAAAGCAAGCUGCAGAGCCUGCUGACGGAAGUGCGGGCUGCAGACUUGAAGCUGGCCCCUCGGAGGAGCAGCGACAACCCGCCCGUCGCGACCCCCCCUGCGUUCCCGCACCACCAGGGAGGCCCCCCCGUCACCUACAUGCACAUCUGCGAAACCGACCAGUUCAGCAUGGGGGUGUUCCUGCUGAAAAGUGGAGCAAGCAUCCCCUUGCACGACCACCCGGGCAUGCACGGCAUGCUCAAAGUCAUGUAUGGGAAGGUCAGGAUCAGCUGCUUCGACAGGGUGGAGCAUGGAGCAUGCAUACCCCCUGCACCUGCACUGCCCCCGGGUCAGAGGAGCGCUCUGCGGGGGUCGGUGCUGCGCUCCACCGCAGAGUUCACAGAGGAGAGCGGUCCCUGCGUGCUCUCACCUGAGCGGGACAACCUGCACCAGAUUGAUGCAGUGGAUGGACCCACGGCGUUCAUGGACAUACUGGCCCCGCCGUACGACCCUGAGGACGGGAGGGACUGUCACUACUACAAGGUGCUGACUGAUGUGGAGGGCAAAGAGGAGGAGGAGGUCUGGCUGAUGGAGAUCUCACAGCCUGCAGACUUCUGGUGUGGAGGAGAGCCGUACCCAGGUCCUGAGGUCUGCCUUUGAUCCAUCUGACUCACCUGCAGCAGCAAAAUGUCUUUUUUUUCUCCCCUCUAUGUUAUUUUUUUUAGCACUUGGUGGGACAGUAAAGGGUCACUCUAAAUCCUGAAUCCAUGUGAAUUGUAGUUGAGCUGCUCCUGCACAGCACAAACAUUAUGUGAGAUGUUGUAAACAGUGCUGCCCCCUGCUACUCUGUUUCCAAAAGGUGAAAUAUAAUGACUUUCCAUUUCACUUUAAAACAAAAUUGGCAAUAUAACCAACAUCCUGUAUGAACUGUGAUCCCGGAGGUCUGCCUCUGAUCCAUCUGACUCACCUGCAGCGGCAAAAUGUCUUUUUUCUUUCUAGGGCUGGUCUGAUUUAUGGGGCUUUUUUUUUUGGCACUUGGUGGGACAGUAACGGGUCACUCUAAAUCCUGAAUCCGUGUGAAGCCUAGUUGAGCUGUUCCUGUAGAGAAACAACACAGCACAAACAGUAUGUGACCUUGUUGUGAGGUGUUGUAAACAGUGCUGCCCUGCUAUGGCGAACAGCUGCAACUCUGCUUUCAAAAGGUGAAAUAUAAUGGUUAAACUUUCCAUUUCACUUUAAAACAUAAUUGGCAAUAUAAUCAACAUCCUGUAUGAACUGUGAUCGCUCUCUGUGUCUGUUUUUAAGGAUACAAUGAGCAGAAAAGCAGCUACAGUAGUUGAGUACUUUAACUUCUCCUACUAUAACAAUUUUCAGAUAUUUCUUUAACCCCCAGAAGGGGAAGGCAAUCCAUUUUUUCUUCAAUUUUCUUACUUAAGAAACUUAAUUCCGUGAUGUUAUCCAAGUCCAAGUUUGGCACUGUUUUCUCUAAAAUAUCUCAGAUCAUAUGGGAAAAGACAUUUGAGUCUGCAGGUGUUGAUGAUUAUCAGCUGUAACAAGGGAAAGAGAGGACUUGUGAGGUCACAUGCUGCCUCAUAUAUCACCCAAAAAGUCUCUUUCUGAUGGAUUUAGUUUAAUGAAAGGUGGUGUCAUUGUUUGAACCACUACAGGAGCAUAUCACCAAUCAGCUGAAAGUUUAAGAAAACUAAAAGCACCAUAAUUGGAGCCACAAACGCCGUGAGCAUGGAGCUAAAAUAUGACCUCGAAAGGUAUUUUUGCAGGAGAAAAGCCAAGAAAUGACAAAUUGAUGAUGUGCAGGAUGCUAAUGCUGCGUUCAAGAAAAGUCAGGAAGUCUGCUGCUUGCAUGUUGGAAGAAGUUGGUGCUUCAAGUUCCGAUUCAAAAAUUUGGAGAAGGCUUCUGAUCACUUUGAACAUUACACACCAAUAAUUUUCUAUAAUCUUUAAAUGCACAACAUUUCAGCUUUCAGUAUUGCAUGAAGUAUUUGCUUUUGGUAGAACACUAACACUAAAAAUGUGCAGUUAUACUAACAGUUGCUGCAAUGCAUACACCUCUCCACGCCGCAGCACUGGAACAUAAUAGUCCAAUUUAUAAUCUACUUGUUGGGAAAUUCCAGACUUCUGACUGCGUCUUGAAUGCAGCAUUGGAAGUAGAUGUGUCCCAACCUGAGUCUGUGGAAGUUCCCCCAGACCAAAGAGGGACUUCUGUCCAAGUGUUUCUAAUCGUCUUCCCGCUUCAGGCUUUGUGGCGUUUUAUUCCAGUCGGAUUAAGAACUGAAUCUUCAAGUCUGUUUUUUUGAAGACUCAAAUAUAUCUGCAGGUUUAUUUUCUUUGCGUUGUGUUUAAAACUCUAGAGACUGUAGACUUCCUUCUUUUUGUUUGAUCCUCAGGACUGUUUGUGAUUUGCAUAGCUGACUGAUUUUCAGGAGACUGUUUUGAAGGAUGUGAUUUAAGCUUCUCAGCACAAAGUGUGACUGUCUGUUAGCGCGUGAGAAAAAGAGAGGUUUUCAUUGAUCGGCCACAAUGUAAAAAAAAAAAAAAAAUGUCAGUGUGAUUACAAUUUGCAUUGGAAUGAAUCAGAACUGAA